GAGAGCGUCAUAAACCCAUAGACGUCCAAAACAUUUAGCUCCAAAUUUUACGAAAUUUCUCGCAUAAGCAACUCGGACAGCAACGCAACGCCAGAAGUUAGCCAACUGUCAUGCUUUUGCGCCCGUUAAUUUGCUCAUUUGAAUUUCUAUUUAUUUUAUUUUUUCCCCUCGAAUUACGAAAUUUACUAAAUAACUUGAUAAUUAUACCAAUUUGAUUUCUAGUUUUCUUUGUCAAAAUGUUCACUAGUUAAAAAAUGUCAGUUGGUAUAUAUUUGUAAUUGAUUGAAUACUGUAACCUUUUCAAAGUUGUCGAACAGCUGUUGUUGACAUUUUACGAUGUUUCUCAUAUGAGCGUUUGGCGUCCAUAAUCCUCAUAUUCCUAUUUCUACAUUUUGUAUAACGCGUGUUUUUACUAAAAGUUCUUAAAUAUUAAGAAACUUAAUAAAAAAAAUGUCACAAAGAAAUGAUGAGAGGGUUCCAGCAGAAGAAAGUGACCUAUUACAAAUAAAACCACUUGGUGCCGGUCAAGAAGUUGGAAGAUCUUGUAUUAUGUUGGACUUUAAAGGAAAGAAAAUUAUGCUUGACUGUGGCAUACAUCCAGGUUUAUCCGGAAUGGACGCAUUACCGUAUGUGGAUUUAAUAGAAGCUGAUGAAGUUGAUCUCCUCUUCAUAUCACAUUUUCACUUGGAUCACUGUGGCGCCCUGCCAUGGUUUCUUAUGAAGACGAGCUUCCGUGGUAGAUGUUUUAUGACGCACGCCACAAAAGCUAUAUAUCGUUGGAUGUUAUCGGAUUAUAUAAAAAUUAGUAAUAUUUCCACUGAGCAGAUGCUCUACACGGAAGCUGAUUUGGAGGCAUCGAUGGAAAAGAUAGAAACAAUCAAUUUUCAUGAGGAACGCGAUGUAAUGGGUGUUCGUUUCUGUGCUUAUAAUGCAGGGCACGUUCUCGGAGCUGCUAUGUUUCUGAUUGAAAUUGCGGGCGUAAAAAUUUUAUACACUGGCGAUUUUUCCCGACAAGAAGAUAGACAUUUAAUGGCAGCCGAGAUCCCUCCCAUUAAACCAGAUGUACUCAUAACUGAGUCUACAUAUGGCACUCAUAUUCACGAAAAACGUGAAGAUCGUGAAAAUCGAUUCACUUCAUUAGUGCAAAAGAUUGUACAACAAGGUGGACGCUGUUUGAUACCUGUUUUUGCUUUAGGACGUGCCCAAGAAUUGCUACUUAUAUUGGAUGAAUAUUGGUCGCAAAAUCCCGAAUUGCAUGAGAUACCCAUUUACUAUGCCUCAUCAUUGGCUAAAAAAUGUAUGGCGGUGUAUCAGACCUAUAUUAAUGCAAUGAACGAUAAAAUUCGACGUCAAAUCGCUGUGAACAAUCCAUUUGUAUUUCGGCACAUAUCCAAUCUGAAGGGUAUAGAUCACUUUGACGAUAUCGGGCCAUGUGUAGUAAUGGCCUCGCCUGGUAUGAUGCAAAGCGGUUUAUCACGAGAACUAUUCGAAAACUGGUGCACAGAUCCAAAGAAUGGUGUCAUCAUUGCAGGUUACUGCGUUGAGGGCACCUUGGCUAAGUCCAUACUUUCUGAGCCAGAAGAAAUAACUACCUUGGCUGGGCAAAAGCUACCCUUAAAUAUGUCUGUGGAUUAUAUUUCAUUCUCCGCCCAUACUGAUUACCAACAAACUAGUGAAUUUAUACGUUUACUAAAGCCGCAACAUGUGGUAUUGGUGCAUGGAGAACAGAAUGAAAUGUCUCGUCUAAAAAUGGCUCUGCAACGAGAAUAUGAGGCUGAUACUUCUACCACCAUAAAAUUCUAUAACCCCCGUAACACACAUUCCGUUGAGCUGUACUUCCGUGGCGAAAAAACAGCCAAAGUUAUGGGCAAUUUGGCGGCGACCAAGCCGGAGGCGGGCAACAAAUUAUCCGGAGUCCUCGUGAAGCGUGACUUUAAAUACCACCUUCUUGCUGCCUCUGAUCUAUCUAAAUACACCGACAUGAGUAUGUCCGUUGUAACACAAAGACAAUCCAUUCCAUGGAAUAGUUCAUUAGGUACCCUAAAACUACUUCUAGAUCGAAUUGGUGGUGUUGGUACAACGGAGAUUUUAGAAGAAGAGAAACGUUUACGUGCAUUUAAAUGUAUAGACUUAUUAGUAGAGGGUAAAAUCAUUAUAAUGGAAUGGCAAGCUACACCUGUAAACGAUAUGUUUGCCGAUUCAGUAUUGGCCUGCGUAAUGCAAACAGAAAUGGGUGGUACAAAUAUUAAGGGUGCUUCAACAACAUCCAAAUCAGAUAACACGCAUUUCAGAGAGUGUUUGGUAGAAACUCUGCAGGAUACAUUUGGCGAGCAUUCCGUGCCAAAAAUGUUCAAAGGUGAUCUCUUGCCAGUUACGGUAGCAGGAAAACGGGCCGAAGUCAACUUGGACACAUUACAAGUGCAUUGUCCGGAAGAUGAAAAUUUGCGGCAAGUGGUCAAUACAGCGGUACAAAAAUUACAUCAAGCACUGGUCACUCAUUCUUGAGUUUCAAAUAACAAAUAUUUUAUAAAUCGAAUGUUACAGUUUUUAUUGUGUCUGAAAUGUCCGAAGUAUCUAUAACUCACAUAGUACUAGGUGGUUUUAUUAAAUAAAAUAAAAAUUUAGCCA